UGCUUUCUUUGCGUUGUUCGUCGUCAUUCGUCAUCUCCCUAUCUCGUCGCGGUGUGUGUCUCACUUCAAAAUAUCAGAAUCUCUCAAAGGGGAGAAAAAGGCGGGGAAUCUUAGUUCCAAACCCUAGAAUUCUAAAACCCUCAAGUAGGAUCAGUUUGGUGGAGGGAACGGAAGAUUAAAGCGGGGCAGGAUGGAGGGGGAGAACGAAGAACUUAGCAUAGAGGAGCUCACGUCCAAUCUCUCUACAUACAGAGAACAACUUGAUAGCGUAAACUCACUCCCUUUCUGUUUCCUCUUCAUGUUCGUAGUAAAAUUAGCGUCUUUGGAUGAACUAUUUCGAAUUUUGUGAAUUGGGUUCGGCGAAUUAGGGUUUCUUGUCGGGGCUGUUUGUGAUUUCGGGUGUUAAUUGGCAAUAGGGUGAAGCUGAAUUACGGGACAUUUGUUUGGAUUCAUCUGGUUCUCUCUUUCCCCCCAAUGUUUGUGGGGGCUGUCGUUAGAGUCAUUCAUUGUUGAAGAAUGAUAGCUCUCUUUUGCAUCCUGGGUUCGACAACUUUUGGCUGAUGAUCCCGACAAUUCCGAAUAUGAGGACAUGGAGAAGGAACUUGGCGAGGUGUGCUAGAUGUCUUGUGAAGGGCAGGCCUGCUUCUCUACGCCACAUGUUAGAGAUCUUGGGAUUGUCAUUGCUUUAACUGAAGAACUCCUUGCAACUGCAAAGCAGAGUGAGGUCAUUGGAUCAGGCAUUGGUACCAGAAGUAGUGUGUCUCCGACAUUUGGUCAAUCUAAGGAAUUAGCAGACAACUCUGAUCAGUAUGGAAAGUUUCCUGUGGGCUCUAGAGUUCAGGCUGUCUGGAGUGAGGAUGGAGAAUGUUAAUUGUGCAGGUAUGAUGCGACGGUCGAGGCAAUCACCCCGAACGGCUAUUUUGUCGCCUAUGAUGAAUGGGGCAAUAAGGAAGAGGUGGACCCCGAUAAUGUUAGACCAGUUGAAACCAAUGCUCUGGUUGAGGCUGAAAGAGUAGCUGAAGCUACGAAACAGGCCAUCAAAAGGAAGAUUGCACAGGCUGCUUCAUCUGAUUUCCAGGCACGCACUUUACCAGCAAAGCUUCGCAUACAGCCUGAGGACCCUGAGGAUGUCAAAGUUACAAAGCGGAAGAAGAUACAUGCAUUCAAGUCCAAGAUGAGGGUUGAGCAGCUUGAAGUUGCACAGAAUAAGCGCCAGAAUGCAUGGCAGCAGUUCCAGACAACUAAAGGGAAAACUAAGAAGGUCGGUUUCUUCUCUGGCCGAAAACGAGAAAGCAUAUUCAAGUCUCCAGAUGAUCCACAUGGUAAAGUCGGUGUGACCGGGAGCGGAAAAGGUUUGACAGAUUUCCAGAGGAGGGAGAAGCAUUUGCAUCUCAAGGGUGGAUCUGCAGAAACCGACGAUUAGAGAGUGUGCUUGCUUGCUGUCUUUAGUUGUUUUGCUUACCCUUCGUCUUUUAUACUCUGAGCCAGUACUCUUUGAUAUUCUGCGUAUGAACAGUGGUGGGAAGAUUGUACUUUUUUUUUUUGUAAGUAGUGGGAAGCUUGUACUUAACCGAGAUUCUUGUUUGAUGUGAAUUCAGAUGGCCAUAUGCGUCCUGCCCACCACUACCCUAUGGGUUCACUGAACUUUAGAAAGCUUUGUCCUUUUGGUUUUCAGCAAGAUCAGUCAUUUUCCUUGCUGCCGACA